GUAAAUUGGAUGUCAGCGUUGAUUGCGCUAUUUACCACACUUUCGGUGUUCUUGCAAGUUUUUAUCUACUUCUUUCAGUAUGUUGAAAAAAAUCAUUUUCGGUGGCAGCAUAUUGUUUCCUUACCCUCUUUCUUUUACGGUUGUCACUUCUACCGAAAAAUUUUGAAUCCAGUCUUAGCGUGUAGGCUUCUUAUCAAUUCCCUAACCACGUGCGAUUUUGACAAUGUCGGUGCCGGCCUUCCCCGACGUCCUCUGGCGACGCGCCUUCUGGGCGCCGUCGUCAUUGCUGUGUGUUUGUUCACACUGUCGCUGCCAAUGCAACGACUAGCCGAAUUGCAUGUCUUUGUCAUCGUUAUCAAUUUUAUUCAUAUUGUCUUAGUGUGUUUAUCCACCACCUUCUUUACAUUCUUUUAUUCUGAACGUCGUAGGAAAAAUGUUAAAGAUGAAUGA